AAGUGCUCCUUCUUAGCACAAGUUUAUGUAGGGAUUAGGGAAAACCUAGCAGGCGAAAUGAAGACGGACGGCGCAUUUCGUCAGUUUGUUGGUCCAUUACAAAGACAUGUCUAUUUUAUCCUUUCUUUACCGAUCUUUUUCACAGCCUUUACAUUUUUUGUGGAUGUCUUUACGUUACACAUUCUGCCUUGCAGUGAGAAUAUAGCGAGCAAAUCUAUAAACCAAACAGUGGACACUAAUAUUUUCAGUUUCAACAGUUCAACAAGUUGGACGGGCAAUCACAGCGAACUCACUGUGAGUAACAAAUAUUGCACAACAUAUAGUCUAUUUAAAGCCCAACACAUAUUCAGUGCAUUACACACUGUUUCUAUUUCUCAGCAGAGCCUCGAGUGUCACGAGGCGAAUCGUUUUGCUCACGGGCAAGCGACGUACAUGACCGGUUUACUGGUCGGCUCGGUAUUCAGUGGCGCUGUAUCUGACAAGUAUGGGAAGAAAUUCCUUCUAAUCUGCUGCUCAGCGGUCCACGCAGCCGCUACUCUUGUAGUGGCAUUUCUGCCGUAUGUGCCCGUGUACUUGACUGCGCGCGGCAUCAGUGGAGCAGCCUGCUGUGCCAUCCACAUCUGCUCCUACAGUUUAGGUGUUGAAUGGAGCCUGCCCAAAUAUCGUAUAUGGCCACCCACCCAGUUUUCCUUCAUCUUCAGUCUGGGAAUGAUGGGAUUGCCCGCCAUAGCUUUCUUGGUCAGUGGUUGGAUGCAGUUUCAUCUGGCACUGGGCAUCCCUCAGAUCCUCUUUCUACCUCUUUAUUUCUUUCUUCCUGAAUCGCCCAGAUGGCUGCUUCUAAAUAAGAGGAUGAAAACACUAGAGGGCUAUCAGAACAGAAGUCCUGAGGACAGGCACUACUUGGGUCUUCUUCUGGAUUCCGUGGACAAUGAGAUCCAGAAGCCACUCUCAGAGAAGACCUCCACUAAAACAGAGUCUAAUUUUGCCACAUUUACAACACCCACUAUACUCCUGCGUCUGUUUAUCAUGAGUUACAUUGGUUUUGCAUCUGCUCUCACCUAUUAUGGGAUCUGUUUCAGUGUGGGAAGUUUCGGUGUUAAUAUCUAUCUGGCUCAGUUUUUCUCUGGGCUUUCAGAGGCUCCCUCUUUACUGCUUCCAUUUGUGUUGAAGCGAUGGGGCCGCAGGCCAUUCUGCAUGGGGUCGCUGUUCCUCAGUGGCAUUUCCUGUAUGUUGUCCCUCCUUGUUUCCAAGUUCUGCGACAUGCCUGCUCUUGUUAUGACCCUGGCACUGAUGGGCAAGCUGUGUAUGCAGUACACCUACUGUGUCUCCAUGCUCUAUGGGAUUGAGCUGUUCCCAACUGUAAUACGGCAGAAGUGUGUCGGCCUGGUUAGUCUUUGUUACCGAGCAGCCUGUAUUAUAAAUGCUGUGGCGACCCCCGACGGAGGGAUCCCUCUACCAGCAAUGAUCUGUUACAGCAGUGGGCCGAUCAUCGGUGCAGCCCUCUGCCUGCUUCUUCCAGAGACCAGUGGCAUCCCUUUACCAGACACUGUACAAGACUGUAAGAAACAGCCCAGACUGAAGCUCCCACUCCAUGCACGUUGGCCUAUGGAGCCUACAAAGGAGUUGAAUGCUUGUUUCACCAAAGAGAAGAACACGGAGAACCAAGUGGAAAGCAGCACCCUCUCAGGAUGAUCAACAUGAGGAACAAAGCAGAAAUGGACUUUUUCCAUUUAAUUUGUUUUUUUCUUGUAAUGUCUUUUAUAUGACAAGCAAUUAAAAGUGAGGGCCUAUGAUUGGGAUGUCACCAUUUCAAAUGUAUUUUCAAAAUAUAUGUCAAAGCGUUGUACUAUGUAAUGGGGGUUUAGCUAUGUUAAUAAUGAUUUUAAUUAUUAUUAUACUGGAAUAUCUAAAAAGAUUUCAUUUAAUGCUGGAAUCAUUCAGUGCUGCUAUUGUAAA